AUGGAAUAUACUACUCAACUCAAUAAAACAGAUAAUAUUAAGCUAAAUAAACAUACAGAAUGUUUACAACUUCUUGGUCCUGAACAAAAAAAACAUUUAGACAAAAUUAUAAAGAAAGACAAAACUGCAACAAGUAAAAAACUAACAGAAGUUGUUAACAACACUUAUUCUGAACUAAAUAUUGCACUAAGAACAGUUUGUAAGAAUUUUUAG